AUGCCAAAAUCACAACCAGGUCCAGCCUACGUCCUGGGCGUGGGAAUGACCAAAUUCAUCAAGCCCAGAGGCAAGGUCGACUACCAUGAACUGGGCUUCGAAGCAGGAGUCAAAGCCAUGCUUGACGCCCAUAUCACCUACGACGAUGUCGAGCAAGGAGUAGCAUGCUACGUCUACGGAGACAGCACCUGCGGACAGCGGGUGUUCUACCAAUUUGGCCUGACCAAAAUUCCCAUUUUCAACGUCAACAAUAACUGCGCUACUGGCUCUUCCGGGCUUGCUCUGGGCCGCACUAUCGUGUCCCAUGGUGCCGCUGACUGCGUUCUCGUCGUUGGUUUCGAGAAGAUGAGCCCGGGAAGCUUACAGUCAGUCUAUAACGACAGAGAAAACCCGACCGGCCUGUUAGGAAUGAUGAUGGCCGAAACACGAGGUAUCACCAAUGCGCCUGGCGCUGCCCAGAUGUUUGGAAAUGCUGGCAGGGAAUACAUGGAGAAAUUCGGUGCGAAGCCAGAGGAUUUCGCAGAGAUUGCUCGCAUAAACCACGAACACUCCAAGCGCAACCCUUACUCACAGUUCCAGGACGAGUACAGUCUAGAGCAAAUUCUCAAAGCACCGAUGGUAUUUUCACCACUAACCAAACUUCAAUGCUGCCCGACAUCGGACGGCGCAGCGGCGGCAGUUAUUGUGUCACAGGAUUUCCUGGAUGCUCACCCACACUUGAAGAACCAGGCCGUCUUGAUAGCUGGUCAAACGAUGGCAACGGAUGAUCUGUCGCUGUAUAACCGCAGCUCCAUUGAUUUGAUGGGCUUUCAAAUGGCCCGUCAUGCCUGUCGCACGGCAGCUGAAGAGGCCGGGGUGAGCGUCAAGGAUAUCAAAGUGUGCGAGUUGCAUGAUUGCUUUUCCGCCAAUGAGAUGAUUACCAUUGAUGCCCUUGAACUAUGUGAGCCCGGCAAGGCGCAUGAGAUGGUGCAAAAGGGCGACAUUACCUACGGCGGGAAGAUGGUCGUCAACCCCUCAGGUGGCCUCAUCUCAAAGGGACACCCUCUUGGAGCCACAGGAAUUGCUCAAUGUGCCGAGCUAGUCUGGCAUUUGCGCGGCUGGGCCAACAAUCGUCUGGUUAAGGGUACUGUAGCUGUGCUCCAGCAUAAUCUGGGACUGGGCGGUGCAGUGGUGGUCACUGUAUACAAGCGGGCCGAUGGCAAAGAAGCAACACCUGUGUCAUCUGAGGCAGUUGGCCAGAUUACAGGGCUAGGUUACAACCCUGCUGUUUCAGCGAAGGGCUUCACAGCGGCGCAAGCAAAGUCGGUUUUGAGUGGAAGGGCCAGUGAAUGGGCCCAGGGCGAUGUCCAGGAUCGGGUCCUGGCUCGAUUCUGA